AUGACGACAUCAGAUGCAGAACCAGACCACGACAACACGCCGCCAGCCGGGGCGCUGACGACGGUGUUCACAAUGCCGGCCUCUUGCUCAACACUUACAGAAAAUUACGCUGACUUCGAUUGCAUGCCUCCGUCGUUUUCCAAGAGUUAUUGGUACGGCUAUGCUGGCUACUACUCACCAGCCAUCUGCCCGGGAAACUAUACGUCGGCAUGCGAGCGGCCAAAAAGCGCCAGUGGAGGGACUCCUUUCGGCCCUCCGAUAGCUGAGGGCGAGAACGCGAUAAUCUGCUGUCCGACGGGCUACGAGUGCCUGACCGGCUCCGAAAGCUGGUGCAUGUCCACCGAGCCGACCACCAGCGUCUGGACAUACACUUACUACGAGAGCUAUUCCGACACACCCAUCACCUCCAAAACCACCGACGUCUCGAUACCCAGCGGCUACGCCAUCCAAGUCCGCUGGCGGGAACAAGACCUGGUCAGCCUCGAAACCGACCCCCUCACCCCCGGCGCAUCUGCCACUCCUCCUCCCGCCUCCACCUCCCGACACUCCACAGCCCUCUCCUCAGCCCUCCCUACCACAUCAACACCUGCGAACACCACGACCGACGGCGGCGGCAUGUCAACCAGCAGCAAAGUCGGCGUCGGCGUCGGCGUGCCUCUCGGCAUCCUCGCCAUCGCCGGCCUGCUCUUCACCUUCUGCUUCCUCCGCCGUCGCCGACGCCACCCCAGCCUCGACCGCAGCAGCGACUCUGGCAAGGACCUACCAGAGGUGCACUACACAUCACUACCGCACAACAAGGGCGGGCCGAUGGUCGGCGUCAACACGGUCAGCAGCUUGCCGUCCAUGGCAGGGAGUGGCGCAGGCGUCUACAACAGCUAUAACAACAACAACUACAACCACCCUGAACACCACCCCAGCGCCAGCGGCAGCAUCGUCAUGAGCCCUUCUUCGACGAUCGUCGGCCCACGCGCCUCGUCUUUCUCCUCGCCGCAGCCGGCGGCGACGGCGCAGUAUAGCCCGGCCCCCAUGGCGCAGCCGGAAUACAUACCGCCCAAACCUGGCGGCGGCAGCGUCCCGAUGAUGAUGAUGAACCACGCCUACAACAACAGCACAUCGCACCUCUCCUCCCCCUCCAUCACCAGCCCACCCGCUGCAAUCGUCGGUGGCAGCGGUAGCGGCGCCGCUUUCGCUCCCGCCCCCGCGUCUGCGUCCUCGCCGCCUCCGCUCGCCAUGUUCGCGUCGCUCAGCUCGCUGCACAGCCACGACUACAGCAACGACAGCAGGAGUAUCCAUGAGGCGCCUGGUAGCAACGGCUGGCAGCAGCAGGGCGGCGGCCACCACCACAACAGCUUCCACCACGAUUACCUCCCCGGCGUACCGCCUUCGCUCGACGGCGCGGGCCAUCUGGAUGUGCCGGGCAUUAGUAGUAGUCUGCGGUCGGAUGAUGAUGAUUCUGCAACGAUCGCUACGCCGCCGUCGUACCCACCGGCGGCGGGAAGUGGAGCUGCAGCGUUUGCGCCGCGGGGAGGCUUUGGUGGUGGUGGUAGUAGUAGUGAGGCGGGGGAUCGGGUGUCGUCGGAGCAUGGUGGAGGCAGCAGUAGCAACAGUGGGAAAGGAGGGUUGGCGCCGCCGCAUGGUGAUGAUACGGAUGAGAUUGUGCGGCUGAGGCGGGAGGCGCAGAGGUUGCAGGAGAGGAGGCAGCGGUUGACGGAGAUGCAGCAGUUGGAUGAGGAGGAGGAGAGGGUCAUGGGGCGGUUGAGGGAGUUGGAGGGGAGGAGGGUGGUGUAUUGA